AAUAUCUUUAGUAAAUGGCCCACUCCUGUCAAUUGGAUAAUCGAAAUACACAUGUAAGUUGUAGAUUGGUGGAAAGUUCCGAAGUGGCUAGCUUGGCGGGUCCCACCACAGUCUCUCCCAUCCUUGUUACGGUCCUUACGGUGGACCUGCCAACACCUGAAACCCACCCCGGUAUAUCAUAUUUUAAUGAUUCACGCCCACCAGUAUCCGCAACCAUCUGUGACUCCUGGGAUGAUGGUGAUGAUGAUGCUACCUUUCCCAGAUCUAAAACUGCCAUCACUUGGAUUCCUUUCUCAAAUCUUCUUCCUCAAAUCUCCGUCGUCCCUAAUUUUAACCAAUGCCGCUCCAAUUUUCUUUUCACUUUGAUCUCAGCUGAGAGAGCUAGGGUUUCUCCGAUGGAGUCCGAACUCAAAGACCUCGAUCCCAGGUCCAACUCCCAGGAUGUCUCCUCCAAAGACGAUCGCCCUCUCCUCAAAUCCGACUCCACCGUCGUGUCCCAGGACAACUUGCAGGAACUCGAGAAGAAAUUUGCUGCGUACGUUCGCAGCGACGCCUACGGCCCCAUGGGAUGCGGCGAGCUCCCACUGAAGGAGAAGCUUCUCCUCGCGUUCGCCCUCGUAACGCUUGUGCCCAUUCGUUUGGUGGUUGCCUUCACUAUCUUGGUCGUUUACUACUUGAUUUGUCGGGUGUGUACCCUAUUUUCUGCUCCCAAUCGUGAAGGCGAGGACGAGCAGGAGGAUUAUGCGCACAUGGGUGGGUGGAGAAGGGCUGUGAUUGUUCAGUGUGGCAGGUUUCUUUCUAGGGCUCUGCUUUUCACGCUGGGGUUUUAUUGGAUUAAUGUAACCUACAGGGAUCCGUUGACGACUGAGGACGAGGGCAAAGAUGAAGAUGAAGAACCUGAAAGACCCGGGGCAAUAAUAUCUAACCAUGUAUCUUACUUGGAUAUUUUGUAUCACAUGUCUUCUUCCUUUCCGAGCUUUGUUGCUAAGAGAUCAGUGGCUAAACUUCCUCUAAUUGGUCUCAUCAGCAAGUGCCUUGGUUGUGUCUAUGUCCAGCGGGAGUCAAAAUCAUCUGACUUUAAGGGUGUUGCAGGUGUUGUAACUGAAAGAGUUUGUGAAGCUCAUCAAAAUAAAUUUGCUCCAAUGAUGAUGCUUUUUCCAGAAGGCACAACCACAAAUGGGGGUUUCCUCCUUCCAUUCAAGACAGGUGCAUUUUUAGCAAAAGCCCCUGUGCUUCCUGUGAUUCUAAGAUAUCCUUACCAGAGAUUUAGUCCUGCCUGGGACUCCAUAUCUGGGGUGCGCCAUGUGAUAUUUCUUUUCUGUCAAUUUGUAAAUCACAUCGAAGUAACAAGGUUACCUGUAUACAUCCCCUCACAGCAGGAGAAGGAUGAUCCAAAAUUGUAUGCUAAUAAUGUCCGAAAGUUGAUGGCUAGUGAGGGUAAUCUAAUAAUGUCAGAUAUUGGACUUGCUGAGAAGCGAAUAUAUCAUGCUGCUCUCAAUGGUAAUAAUAGCCUGCCUAGUGUUUUGCAUCAGAAAGACGAUUGAUAAUAUCAUGGCUUCGCCCCCUACUCCCAGUUGGUUUCUUUAGUUUUUGUCCAUGAAUGGCACUUUAUUCAAAUAAGCAUUGGUGUGCUGUUAUUCCUGUAAUUUAUUUUCUCUUCUUUAUAGAAAAAGUAAACUUUUAAAUACAUUCUAUGUCCUCAUGGAUCUCUGUUAACAAAACAUCAAAUCUCAGAGCUUCCUGGCGUUUCUUUUUGAGUGUCAAGUCAUAUUCUCAAUAUGUUGAUCUAAAGCAUCUCUUUCGUGUUCCUGCAGGUUUGUUUUGCCAACGCUAAUUGGGACACACCAUCUGUAUAUAUUCAUUGUAUGAUUCUAUUAUUUUUUGCUGAAAAAAAGGUUUACAAAUAUAUAAUAGGUAUCAUGUUCAGAAGAAGCAUUUUUGUUGUCCCACGAGUUUUGUAUUUCUCCAAAUUUUGGAAUAUUACCAUGAAGCUUUUGUGCCAAUCUUGAAGGGGGUUAGCCCUUUUGAAAGGGAUCCAGAAAAAAUUGUCAUUCAGUUAUGAGGUGGUUGGGAUAAGGUCCAGCUGCUACUGCUGCAUGCAAUUGAAUGUAAUAUCAAAAGAAAGAUUAUGUUGUGAUUCUUGGUUGCCAGGUGGCAUUCAUGUCUGUUUCUUGAAUGGUGUUCAUGACCAGUUGCUUUUA